AUGAAUCUCGAUAGUGCAGAACUUCCUGGUGUUUAUUUUUACAGAUCCUUAGAGUUAGCAAUUGAGCAAAAUAACAAAGACAAAGUUGAGCUUAUAAUUAAAAAGAUCGUUGAUGUGGAUACUGUGGCACCUGAGGAUAGUCCUACUUGUAUCGAUUCACUAUUACAAAUUGCUAUUCACAAACGUAAAGACAAGAUGGUUGAGCUGCUUCUAAAAAAUAAUGCCAACCCUAAUGUUCGUAUUCCAAUGCUUGAAAUACCACUUAUGGUUGCUACGUACCAAGAGGACUUAAGAAUGAUGCAGCUCCUCAUUGCGUAUGGGGCAAAUGUUAACGAUUUAUCGGAAAGAUUAGAGAAAAAAACUUCUCUUCAUGUUGCCGUCCAAGGCUAUAACGUGAAAGUAGUUGAAUUAUUGUUGAAUGAUAUUACAAUUGAUGUAAAUAUAACGUCUGCUAAUGGAAAUUCAGUGCUUCAUGACGCAGUUGAAAGAGUCAUCGGUAUUGAUAUCACGAAACAUCUUCUUGAUGCUGGUGUUGACAUUAAUUUAAAAAACCAUAUCGGUAGAACAGCAUUUGAUUCAAUAAAUUUCAAUUCACCAAAACUUACAAGGACAUUGAAAGAGCAUAUUGUAAAGCUUAGUGCGGCCUCUUUUUAUGUAAGUGAAAAAAAUUUAGCACUUAUAGCGGACAGCGAAAAACUUAGUGAAGUGCGUAAUAAGUGUAUGAAAGAAAUUGAAAACAUGAAAAAAAAAAUGAUUGGUAGUAGUAAUUUCACAUAUUAUGAUUUAUUGCGUAAAUGUGAACAUAAAUUGGCUGUUGGGUUAAAACAUGUUCCUAAUAAUAUUAUUUUGGAUUUGGACAUUCCAUCGAUUUUCCCACUAUACGGUAAAAUGAUAACUUACCGUUUAAGGAGAGUGUUAGGACGACAAAAUCUUUUAAUUGAUGUCACUGAUUUAGUAUAUGAUAUUUUUAAUGACAUUCGCCUACCAAGUACUUUUACAAGUAUGAUUUUUAAAUAUCUUACUAAUGGAGAUUUAAAGAAAUUAGUCAUUUAG